AUGGUCUAUGCUAACGGCCUUUCUGUGGAGAGCCAAGUUACUGUUUGUGGGGAAGACGGAAAUAAACUCGUUCAGCUAAUUACAAGACCAGACUUGGCUAACAUCUUAACGUCAGGUACACGCUGCUGGUGCUCCUCUACGCGGCCGCUGCCCCAUCGCAGCACAGUGGCUGCUGCGGGGAGGAGCUGCGCCGACACCCGACAGGUGUACGCGGAGAAGGGGUACAGCACUGGCACUGCUCCGCUGGUCCAGAUCUCUGGUGAGCACCUGCGGCUCUGUCCUCAGGACUACACCUGCUGCUCAAGUCAGAUGGAGGAGACGCUGUCCCUCCAGAGUGAGAGGGACUUCCUCAAAGCCGUCGAAGACAACAGCCAGUUUCUUUUGACAACUUUCACCCAGAGACAUCGCAGAUUUGAUGAGUUCUUCAGAGAGCUAAUAGAGCUGUCAGAGAAGUCGAUGAACCAGAUGUUUACUAAGACCUAUGGGCGGCUCUUCACUCAGAAUGUGCACGUCUUCCAGGAGCUGUUUGUGGAGCUUCGCAGAUAUUAUUCUGGAGCCACUAUAAGUCUGACAGAGGUUCUCUCAGAUUUCUGGUCCAGGCUGGUGGAGCGUGUCUUCUCUCUGGUCAACCCUCAGUACCAGUUCAGUGAGGACUACCUGGAGUGUGUCAGCAAACACGCUGAACAGCUGCAGCCAUUUGGGGAUGUGCCCCGCAAACUUCGCGUACAAGUGUCCAGGGCGUUCAUUGCGGCCAGAGCGCUAUCUCAGGGCUUAGCUACUGGUCGGGAUAUUGUUAGCAAAGCAACAAAGUUGACUGCAGACUCCGAGUGCGUGCGUGGCCUGAUGCGUCAGUGGUAUUGCCCGCUUUGUCGAGGCAUGGCCUUCCUGCGGCCCUGUCACUCCCUGUGCCUUAAUGUGAUGAAGGGCUGCUUAGCCAAUCAGGCCGACCUGGAGACUGAAUGGAACAAUUUCAUUGAUGCUCUGUACCAGGUUUCAGAGAAGUUAGAGGGGCCGUUCAACAUAGAGCUUGCAGCCGACUCUCUCUCUGUGAAAGUGUCAGAGGCCAUCAUGCACAUGCAGGAGAACAGUGUCACCAUCUCCACUAAGGUGUUCCAGGGCUGUGGAAACCCCAGGCCAGUUCCAGGACGGUCCAAACGCUCACCAAAAGACUCAGGGGGCAGCAGGAAGCCCUUCCGCACCUACAGUCCUGAAGAGAAGCCCACCACUGCUGCAGGCACCAACCUGGACCGACUGGUUACCGAGCUGAAGGAGCGACUGCGGCCCAUGCGGGGCUUCUGGGUGUCCCUCCCACACACCAUCUGCAGCGAUGAGAAGAUGGCUGCCGACGUCACUAAUGAGGACCGCUGCUGGAAUGGACAGACCCGGGGGAGGUAUCUCCCAGAUGUGAUAGGUGACGGGCUGGUCAGCCAGAUCAAUAACCCAGAGGUUGAGGUGGACAUUGCCAGGCCAGAUGUGAGGACGAGACAGUUGAUCAUGGAGCUGAGAGUGGUGACCAAUAAACUGAGACAUGCUCAGAGUGGGCAGGACCUGGACUUCAUGGACAGUGAGGAGGGUAGCGGUUCACGUGGUGGAGAUCAUGGUGAAAGGUACAGUGAUGAUUGGCCAGGCUAUGGGCCUUACUCACCACCCCAUAACAAAUCCCCACGUAACCCUGCCUCCAACCCUGCAAAGCCUCCUCGAGCUAGAGAAAGAAACGGGUCCAAGUGGAACAGAAACAAUGGCCGGGUCCGAUCUGCAACCGGCCGCCUCACCUCCUCCCUUUUUCCUUUGCUGCCUUUUAUGGCAACUGUGGCCCUCAUGUGGAGAUAGCCAGUUAUUACAGUCUGGAGUGGCGGUUUUCUGUCAUGUAGGCGUCGUAAUCACAUUAUGAAGAAAGAAAAUCAUUCUAUUUGGUUACACCAGCAGAAAAAAGACAAAGCAGGUUAAUUUAGCAAUCAAAACCUUGUUUACAGCACAAAAUAAAGUGGAUAUUUUCCUAUUGCCCCAGCCACACAAGAGCCAUUACCAAGCAUCGAUGAUAACAAACAAUAAAUAAAUAAUAAGAA